CGAGAGGGCGGGCCGGCAUCCCAAACGGAAGGUGGUAGUCGCUGCCGGAGCUUGUUUGAAACUGGUGGUCGGGCCCGGCGGAGUGUGUGUGUAGCCGAGGACCCGCUGGAGGGCUAGGCCGUUCCUGAGCGCCCCGGCCCCGCCUCCUCUCGGACCCGCUGACCCAAGCCGGGCUCCCCGCCCGUCUCUUGCCCCAGCCCGCCGCCUCUCCGGCCGGCUCUGCGGCCCAGCCGCCACCAUGUCCCUGCACGGCAAACGGAAGGAGAUCUACAAAUAUGAAGCGCCCUGGACUGUCUACGCCAUGAACUGGAGCGUGCGGCCCGACAAGCGCUUUCGCCUGGCGCUGGGCAGCUUCGUGGAGGAGUACAACAACAAGGUUCAGCUUGUUGGUUUAGAUGAAGAGAGUUCGGAGUUUAUUUGCCGAAACACCUUUGACCACCCAUACCCCACCACAAAGCUCAUGUGGAUUCCUGACACGAAAGGCGUCUAUCCCGACCUGCUGGCGACGAGUGGUGACUAUCUCCGUGUGUGGAGGGUUGGUGAAACAGAGACCAGGCUGGAGUGCUUGCUAAACAAUAACAAGAACUCAGACUUCUGUGCUCCCCUGACCUCCUUUGACUGGAACGAGGUGGAUCCUUAUCUUUUAGGUACCUCAAGCAUUGACACAACCUGCACCAUCUGGGGAUUGGAGACCGGGCAGGUACUAGGACGAGUGAAUCUCGUAUCUGGCCAUGUGAAGACCCAGCUAAUUGCCCAUGACAAAGAGGUCUAUGAUAUUGCAUUCAGCCGAGCCGGAGGUGGCAGGGACAUGUUUGCCUCUGUGGGUGCGGAUGGCUCUGUGAGGAUGUUUGACCUCCGCCAUCUGGAACAUAGCACCAUCAUUUACGAAGACCCACAGCAUCACCCACUGCUCCGCCUCUGCUGGAAUAAGCAGGACCCUAACUACCUUGCCACCAUGGCCAUGGAUGGAAUGGAGGUGGUAAUUCUGGAUGUUCGAGUUCCCUGCACACCUGUUGCCAGGCUAAACAACCACCGAGCCUGUGUCAAUGGCAUUGCUUGGGCCCCGCAUUCAUCCUGCCACAUCUGCACUGCAGCGGAUGACCAUCAGGCUCUCAUCUGGGACAUCCAACAGAUGCCUCGGGCCAUCGAGGACCCUAUUCUGGCCUACACAGCCGAAGGAGAGAUCAACAAUGUGCAGUGGGCCUCAACUCAGCCGGACUGGAUCGCCAUCUGCUAUAACAACUGCCUGGAGAUACUCCGUGUGUAGUCUUGCUGGCGCUUCACCUACCAGACCGGGGCUUGUGUGUUUCAGCCUCUGCCCCUUCCCUCCCCACGUAAGAAGAACAUGUUUCCAGUGGCCAGUAUGUCUGUUGUUGCUUUACACCCACUGUGUCCAGAAGCUGCUGUCGGAGUCCAGGCCAGUUGACCCUCGCUAUUGUGCAGGACUGUGCUGUGUGGCGCACCGCAGCCCAGGGCUGGGUUUCACGAUUUCUCUCCUUUCCUCUUUGCUUCUUCAAUUAAACAUUUCUGUAUAUAUGUUUGUCAGCUGUUGUGUUCAUGAACAGUGCGAGCACUGGCUCCGUCUGUGUCCAGUUGCCCCGUGUCUCUGUCUGUGCCUGAGGCAGUCGUCCGUGUCUUGUCCCCAUCUGUGUCCAUGUUAGCACUUCAGUGGGAACAAAUGCCAACUUCCAGUUGUCUUUCCUCCUGGUACCAGUGUCUUUUAACACACCUCAACUUUGUAUAUUUUUUAUCUAUCAGGCUAAUUUUUUUAUGAAAAGAAUUUAAUCUUCCUGGUUUCUUGGUUUCACAGUCCUCCCUCUUUGUACCUUCCUCUCCUCCCUUGGUGCCUGCAGUGGGUACUGGACCCUAGACUGCAAGACCAGUUUGCCUUUCUGAACUGCCUUCAUGGCACACCCCGAGUUCAGAGCUGCGCUGGUGCUCUAAGGGCUUCUGACUCCCACCUUCCUCAGUCUGGGUCUCCUGAAGGCCUGGCAGGUGCAGGACAGACACAGGAAGCCUUCUCUUCCACCCUCACCUUCCUCUCUGGCUUUGUAAUGACUGCCAGUGAAGCCGAGAAGCUGUUGAGUAGGGGCCAGGCUGAGGGAGAAUCGUUUCAGGAAAGCUGAACUUACAUUGAGUCUCCAGUACCUGGUUUCAGAAUCUAUUUUUCCAUUUUAGAACUCGAAUGAUAGGCAAGAAAGAUCUCUAAGCUAAGCUUUGGGAUUUGUUUGUUGCCUUUCCUCUACCUGGUGGGAUACUGGCCCAUCUCUGGAUUGAGUGCUCUGAAUGAGGGACUCCAGAGAGAUGCUGUCUGGCCUAACCCUGAACAGGGUCUUUAGAUUGAGAUAAAUGGGCAGUUCUCAUAAAGAAUGGGCUAAUCAGCUGUGGUGAUUCCAGGCCACUAAGUAAAUGGUUACAAAAGAACCAUAGGGCCCAGGGCCCACCAUCUAGGCUUCUCUACACCUGUGACACUUACCCUCGCCUGAGUUUAGGUUCUGAGCAGUAUUGGACUUUGUAGGCUACAGUUGGCUGUGCUGACUUAGAGGCCUCAGGUGAAUGUUUCCGUUACGUGAAUGGGUUCCAUGGAGGGGACUUGUGUGGUUCUGACUUUAGAUGAGUCCCUGGCAGUUUGGGACAUACUCUGGAGAGUUUUUCUGACUUAUUUUCUGCUGAGUUACCCGAAGGUUUCUUAGACUCCCUGACAUGAGGAGAGUAGCGGGCCUGAAAUCUGAUGCCUUUGCCCACUUCGCUGUCGUUGCUGGAGAAGUAAGCACUGACUCGUUGUUCUGGGCACAUGGGCUCUCUGGCCGAGUCUUUGCCCACCUGCUACAGCUGCUACAGCUGUAUGCCAAAAGUCUUAGAUCACUUCGCUACAUAGAGGCUCGUCCCAAAGGAAAGGCAUUUUCAGUCAAGGUAUUCCCCCUUGGCCUUCCUGGUUUGUCAUUCUGAUCCUGGUCUCUGGCUGGCUGUCUGAUUGAUAUUAAUGUUCCUGCGCUAUCAUGUGCUUUGUUCUGUAUCAUUUGCAGAUAGAGAGCACAAUUUGUGGUUACCUCUGCUUUUAGUGGUGUUUGCUAGCUAGUACAGGGUGCUUGAGGGCAGCAGGCUUGCCGAUUUAGGUUACUCCUGUAGGAGCCCCCAGUUUCUUCCUGGGCUGAAUCUACAGUGAACAGUGGUAGUGGGCCUGCUGGGAAGGGCCUCUGUGUUCUGGGUGGGCUUUAACUUGGGCUAAAUCAUGGGAUUUGUCAGCUGGAACCUGAAGGCAAAGUUUUUAAAAGUUAGUAGUAGUUAUUAGAAUAGAUUUGUAUGCGGUAACAAUGUGCUUUGGAAACCAGCCACCUGUGACCAUCUUUCCCUUGCUCUGUGGAUGUUGGUCAUUUUUAGCCUGCCUUCUUUUCCCUCCAUCUGGUCCAGGUAAGACUCUCACUGUCUUCAUCUUCAUAUAUGCACACACCCACAGUUGCAGGGUUGCUGGCAUUUUGAAGUGCCAGCUCUCUCACCCUCCUUUUAGAGCAUGGAUUGGUGGCCCUGUGGCUGAGGAAGAGGCUUCUGUAGCCUUGAGACACAGAAAGUCGUUUAGUCUGCCUUCUUCCCAGAAGCACAAGUCUAUGGAGUCUCAGAAGUCAGUCUGUUUAGAUUUGCUAGUUCUUGGACUGACUGGGAGGUAGGUCAGGACCUCCAGACAUGUUUUCCUCCAGGGAUGGUAACUCUAGGCUCUGGUGUGGCUGCAGUGCUAUUUCACUUGGCUCUGGCAUGCUGAGCCAGAGGCUCUGGCCUGUGCUUUCUGUGUCUGCUGGUGGGAUGGUGAUGCUCAGAUUAGCCGGGAGCUGAACCGCUGCAUGGGUCUGAGGCGCUCCUGGGCUUGAACUAUUCUCCACAGGAGAUUGUAUCUCUCCCCUGGUCUGCAAGGUUAGGGCUUGAAAAGUGAUGGCCCCUGACAACUGGGUGAUAAUUUCCAUCAAACUCAGAAUUGGGUCUUGGAUAACUGGCUACAAUUCAGGAAGAACAGAAAAAAAAAUGAGGAUCCUACAGUGUUUUGAUGGUUGUUACAGCUGAAGUCUGAUAUUUUAAGGUGUAGAAGAAAAUGAGUUCUUCAGUUCACAGAAGGAAAAGGCUCGGGAACACAGGUCUACAGGGAGGACAUUGAGAGUGGACCUGUGCUCAGCCUAGGUUGGCCUUCCAGUGCAGCUAACCAAACAUCUGGGUCACUGGGUAGCUAGGAAUGGGGUGAAGCUAGGGGCAGAGAGCCCUUCCCACAGCAGGGCUGCUAUAGGCGAUACCUCCUGGGUAAAUUUGAAGUGUUGGGUGUGCUGUGACAGAACAUGAUGAUGCUGUUUUGUUUUAUUUUGUCUGAGACAGGGCCUUGUGUUGUAGUCCAGACUGCCCUUGAACUUGAGAUCUUCUUACUUUAAUCUCCUUGAGUGCUGGGAUCACAGGCAUGUGCCACUAUCCCCAGCAUCCAUGGUUCUUCUUGUAGAUCCCCCUCUUCCCUUAUCUUCCCUUUAGUUUUAAUUUUUCAUGGUGUGUGUGUGUGUGUGUGUGUGUGUGUUGAUGGGGAUCCGACGUAGGCCCUUACACAUGCUAGGCAAGUGUUCUACCAUGGAACUACCCUCUAGCUCUUCCUCUUUUGUUUUUCUUUUCCUAUCCUAUUCCCUUUCCUCUGUAGAAUGUUCUCCCUUCUUCCUGAUGUGUCCUGGGCCCUAGAUUCCUAGACUGUAAGGACAUGUAGGACGCUGGAGUUUACCAGACAUGGCUGAGCAGUCCAGAACUGCCUAAUUUCCCCAUUUUGAAAAUAUGGCAGUUCAUUUAAUCACCUGGCUUAGGAUAGACACUACCAUUGCAAUAGAGACCUCAAAGCACGUGUUUCCUGUAGAGCCUGUGCUCAGCAUGAGGUAGGUGGGGCCUGCUUGGCAUUUAGGUUGCUUUUCUGAGAGGAGAACUGACCUGAGCAGUGUCACCAUGAACCCUGAGCUAGGCUUUCCCAGAACUGUCCUCUCUGCUCUGGGGAGGCCGCAGCUGUGUGUCUCAUGUCUCAGAGCUUGUUCACCUCACCCAACUGCGUUCUCUCUUCCUCCCAUACUGUCAUUGCUCUAAUGGCCAGAGUCAAGCAUGAGGCAUUAUUGGAUGGGCAAGCGUCUUGGGCUGCUAUCUGGAUGUCACUUUUUAAAUAUGGAAACAUGCAGCUGCCUUCUCCAGGAGGCUUGAACUAAUGUGUCAACCAGAAACAAAAAGCUAAGGGAAGUUUGAACUCCAGAAGAAAGAUGUUGACAGUCUGUGUGACAGCUGGAAAAUGUACGAGCACCACCUUUGGGGUCAGUGAUGCUGAACUGUGUGCGAUCUACUAUUUGAAAGAAAUGUUCUCCCAUUGAGCUGAUUGUGAUAGACAAUGUGUUAGGAAAACUGUUGACCUGAAGCUUUGAAUUGCUUUAGUCAAAUGAGUCACUUGCUUUGGUCCCCCUCCGUCAGCGACCCCCCCUUGCCCUGCCCUGCGUGUGAAUUACAGCAUGAUUGUACAAAGCUCUGUGCAGACAAUGGAGAGUUCUUGUUCUACAAAGUGUUAAGCUCUAACUGAUCACUUCUGUGCCCUUUGGCCUCGUGUGUGAACGUGCUUUCUUACAUAUUUAAACUUCCCUUCUGUUGUACAGCUUUUGUGGCAUCCCUUGUUGAGGUGGAGAGGAAGCUGCCCCUUUGCAGAACUGUACUGUAACCAUUUCUCCUCUGUAAAUAUUAUUUUCAUAGGGCUGAUUGUACACAGGGCUUGUAAUAAAAUUUUAACACUGUGCUGUGAACGAGCUUAGGAUUCUUCACUGGAGGCGACUUGAAACGCAGCCGAGAGUGGAGUGUUCUUUCUGUGACUUUACUUCUUCCUCGUACAUUAAGUCUCUGCGUUCUGUCUCAGCCUCCUGUAUAAGAAGUACCGUAUUUUCUGCCCAUCAUACUUUGUAAUAAAACUUGAACAUGUAUAGAUUGAA